AUGAAAUAUGGAUCAAUUUCAAAUGAAAUCACUGAUAAAAAACUGUUACAAACACAUCAAAUCUACGAAAACGCAAUUCACCCAGACACGAAUGAAAUAAAAAACAUUUUAGGGCGAUUGUCAUUUAUACCAAUUGGAAAAGCAUUAUUAGUUGCUGUUUUAGUAUCUCAAUUGACAAAGAAUUCUUCCAGCUAUAUUUGGCAUGGUCUUAAUCAAUCAUACGAUUCAUUUGUAAACUUUACAAACCGUAACGGAGAUACCAAAUUCAUUCCAACUACUCAGUCUAGAUUCGGGAUAUCCAUUUUGGCUGCCACGGUAACAUCGACUUUUGCUGCAUUUCACAUUGAAAAAUUUCUCGUUAGCAAAAUAUGUCAUCCAAUACUUCAUCUGUAUAUUCCAUUGAUAACAUUCGCGGGUGCCAGUUUUAUAAAUGUUCCAAUAACAAGACACAAAGAAAUCGUCGAAGGCGUGAGGAUAUAUGACUGCAAUAAAGAAAAAGUUGGAUAUUCAAGAUUUGCUGGAUUAAAAGGUAUAGGAGAAACUAUAGUUACUAGAAUUGUAAUGCUAGCUCCUGGAAUAGUAUUAAUUCAUUACAUAGAAAAUGUUUUGGAUAACAAAAGCUGCUGGUUUAGAAAAAAUAAAUGGGCACAUUUUCCCUUUAAAUCAAUUGGAUUUGGAAUUUUCCAACAUACUUUAACAAUUUAUCUAAAUGAGUAUGACCUCUACUCUGACUGCUCUUCUAUCCUAUUAACUAUUGACACUACUCCACUGUCUCCACUAAACAAACCAAAACAAUACCCAGCCUUGUCCAAGCCCGGAUGGACUGAAACAAUUUAG